AUGGCGACCAAGCUCUGUCGAAGCAGGGCCUUGGCCUCCGCGCUGCGGCCCGCGAGGCCCUCCCCCGUCGCCGCCCGCCCCGGCGGCGAGCACAUGGCGCGCGGCAUCAGUGCCACCGCCCGCGCCGCCGUCGCCAUGCCCGCCGACGUCAAGAACAUGCGCCACGCGCCCCGCGACCACCCCCAGAAGCUCGAGGCCCCCCUCGUCAACCCCGCCGACAAGUACCAGAACAAGGCCGACGACAUGCACCGCUACGGCUCCUGGCUCAUGGGCUGCCUGCCCAAGUACAUCCAGCAGUUCUCCGUGUGGAAGGACGAGCUCGUCAUCUACAUUGCCCCCUCGGCCGUCAUCCCCGUCUUCUCCUUCCUGAAGUACAACACGGCCGCCGAGUUCACCCAGUGCAGCACCGUCACGGCGGCCGAUUUCCCCACGAGGGACCAGCGUUUCGAGAUCGUCUACAACAUGCUGAGCGUCAGACAUAACGCCCGCAUCCGUGUCAAGACCUACGCCGACGAGGCCACCCCCGUGCCGAGCAUCACUCCCCUGUACGACGGCGCCAACUGGUACGAGCGUGAGGUCUACGAUCUCUUUGGUGUCUUCUUCGUCGGGCACCCCGACCUGCGCAGAAUCAUGACCGACUACGGUUUCGAGGGCCACCCUCUGCGCAAGGAUUUCCCCUUGACCGGUUACACCGAGAUCCGUUACGACGAGGAGAAGAAGCGGGUCGUCACAGAGCCCCUGGAGCUGACGCAGGCAUUCCGCAACUUCGAGGGAGGCUCGAGUGCGUGGGAGCAGGUCGGACCUGGCAAUGACCGCAAGCCCGACACAUUCAAGCUGCCCACGCCCAAGCCCGAGCAGAAGGAGGAGCCCAAGAAAUAG